AUGACCGGUGUCGACAAAUUGCAUGCUGCUGGCAUCCUUGGAAAAGGGGCUAAAGUUGCUAUUGUCGACACAGGCGUUUACUAUACCCAUCCUGCACUGGGCGGUGGCAUUGGCCCUGGCUUCAAAAUUGCUGGUGGAUAUGAUUUGGUUGGCGAUGGAAUUUGGCCGGAGGCGGGAGAAAAGGAGCCAGAUACUGACCCAAUGGACCAGCAAGGGCACGGCACACAUGUUUCAGGCAUUAUUGCAGGCAAAAGCGACAUCUUCACUGGUGUCGCUCCAGAAGCUACCCUAUUCAUGUACAAGGUCUUCAGUCAAAUCGAUGGGACUGAUGAAGAUACUCUAAUUGAUGCUUUUCUUAUGGCAUACAAAGAAGGUUCCGAGGCAGGAGCGGCAAUAAUAAACACGAUCAAGGCAGGAGGGAAUGUCACCGCGGAUUUCACAGAGGCUCCGAUUAAGCACAUCGUUGGUGUGCCCAACGAUGAAGAUGGGAGAGCACCGAGUACUUUCACCAGCAUCGGUGCAACCAAUGAGCUGUUUAUCAAACCAGAUGUUGCUGCACCAGGAGGACGGAUACUUUCAACAUACCUCAAUAAUGGGUACGCCAUCUUGAGUGGUACAUCGAUGGCAUGCCCAUAUGUCGCCGGUGUUGCUGCUCUCUACAUUGGCAAAUACGGUGGUCGCGCUGUCCAUGGUCCAAAAUUCGCCAAAAGCCUAGCGAUGCGUCUCAUCUCGUCGGGCGAGGCUGUGCGUUGGGAUGACGGGACUGGAGAAGGGAAUGACUUCGGGUUUCUUGCCUCUGUGGCGCAAGUUGGUACCGGCAUUGUCAACGCUUCCAAGGUCUUAGAUUACACGACGAGCUUGUCCUUUGCUAAAUUCGCACUUAACGACACACACCAUUUCAGUCGGUAUCAGAGUGUGGACAUCGAGAACGUAGGCGCUGCUCCCGUCACGUACACGUUCUCUUCACAAGCUUUUGGAGGCAUGGAAACUGUACUCACGGACACUGCAUACUGGGGCGUACCCAGAAUUGCCUGGUUCGAGGAGGUGAUGGCAGCACCAAAGACCAUGGUUCCGGCCAUCUCUUAUCCAGGGGGCACAUUUACUGUCAAACCUGGGGAAACCAAGACUGCCAAAUUUUCAUUCAAAUACCCCGAAGGCCUCACUCCAGCAAAUCUUCCAUUAUACAGUGGUAAAGUCAUCAUUUCAGGCAGUAAUGGCGAGACAUUGUCCGUUCCCUACAUGGGACUCGCGGCUGAUCUACACAAGGAUAUAGGAAUCAUGUUCCAGUCUCCAAUUGGGUUCCCCACGCUCACUUCACUUCGCAGUAGCGUCCCGAUCAGCCAGAAGAGCAAUUUCACCUUCGACUUGGCCACAGACAUACAAGAUUUCCCUAAACUGUACACGCGGAUGAACUAUGCCACUACUAUGUUGCGAUGGGAUAUUUUCAAUAGCGGGUGGACAGAGCGCGACUGGAAAUACCCACCUGCUGUUGGCGUAGCUGGCUAUGUUGGCUCGGUCACAAGUUGGGCACAAGCGUCGGGGAAGUCGUUUUUCAACGCAAGCUCCGAUGACAUAAAUGAUUUGAUCAGUCUGCCAAUAACAGAUCUGCCGAGAGAUAUUGCCGGUGUCUAUGGCGUAGAGCUGUGGUGGCUGGGUCGUCUCGCAAACGGCACGCAGAUCGCACCGGGCAGGUAUAACAUGAGGUUCGCAGCAUUGGUGCCGUUUGGUAACCCUACUGCAUCUGAUAACUGGGAUAUCUUUGAGACACCAGAAUUUGAUGUGCUGCCACUUUGA